CAUUCUCGGAGCUCCGACGUUACGCACAUUGGCGCCAAAAAGGAGCAGACGCCACGCAAAAGAACUGCCCGAGGUAGCGCCCCCCCGACCCCGCCGCCCCCGCCCCGCCGCGCUGCGCCGCCGCGCGCGGGCCCGCGCGACGCCGCGCCGCGCAGGCACGAGACCAGAAGCCAAAACAGAACAAGGGCUGCCCCGACGCCGCCAUGGCGGACAAACUGAAGCCCGGGCGGGGCAUCGAGCUGCCCUUCGUCGAGUUCGGCGAGGGCAAGCCCUGGCACGUGAAAUUUAACCCCUUCGUCACGGGCCUCUCCAUCGUGGCCAUCUGGCGCCGCGCCGCGUCCCUUUUUUCGCUGCCCCCGGCCCGCGCGCCGCCGCCGCCGCCGCGCUGCCGCCCCUCACGCCCGGACCCCCGCGCAGGACCUUCAUCAUCUACACGCUCGUGUCGCCGGCGGAGGCGAGCAAGGAGUGGGCGAUGUGGAACGACUGGGUCGGCGACGAGUGGACGUGGUUCUACAUGGGCUCGCAGAACGUCUGGCUCGGCGUCAUCUUCUACCUCAUGCUCACCAAGUACGGCAACCUCAAGUUCGGCGGCGACGACACCGAGCCCGAGUUCUCGAAGCUCCAGUGGUUCGGCAUGAUGUACACGUGCGGCGUCGCCGUCGGCCUCUUCUACUGGGGCGUCGCCGAGCCGAUGUACCACUACGGCGGCGAGCGAGUCGCGACGAUCAGCACGGGCCGUCGCCUGGGCACGCUGUCUGGCGCCGCCCCGAACGACGACUGGACGCUCCGCUCGGGCCACAUGAACGACGGCGACCGCGCCAACUACGCGCUCAUGCAGUCCUACUUCCACUGGGGUAUCCAUGGCUGGAUCCCCUACGUCCUGAUCGGCGCGCUCAUGGGGCUCCUGUCGUACCGCCGCGGGCUCCCGAUGACGAUGCGCACGUGCUUCUACCCGCUCUGGGGCAAGCAGAUCGAGGGCUGGCGCGGCGACGUCGUCGACGUCCUCUCGAUCAUGUGCACCCUCUUCGGCGUCUGCACGUCGCUCGGCCUCGGCGUGCGCCAGCUCAACCGGGGCCUCAUCCGCCUGGACCGCGGCACGUUCAUGGGCGUUGACUACUACGGCAGCGAGUACACCUCGGACGCGGACGACCGCAUGCGCAAGACGGCGUGCGGCAACUCGGUCCCGUGCCGCAGAGGCAAGACCGAACUCGACUUCAACGUGAAGACGCAGUGCUGGAUCGUCGUUUUCGUCACGCUGCUCGCCACGUGCUCCGUGGCCGUGGGUCUCAAGCGCGGCAUCGCCGUGCUCUCGUACGUCGCGUUCGGCAUGGGCAUGAUCCUGGUCACGGCGGUGCUCUUCAUGGACGACACGAUGUACAUCCUCGACGCGACGACGACGUCCUUGGGCUACUACCUCUGGUACCUCCCCAAGAUCGCCUGGGAGUGCGACGCGUGGGCGCGGCUCAACUCGGACCACUCGUGGACGGGAAGCGCGGUGCGCGGAUCCUUAGGCAAGGACGGAAUUGCAGGCACGCCCGACGGGCUGGGCGCGGGCUCGGAGUGGCUCUCCGGCUGGACCGUCUUCUACUGGGGCUGGUGGAUCUCCUGGGGCCCCUUCGUCGGCACAUUCCUCGCCAAGAUCUCCAAGGGCCGCACGCUCCGCGAGUUCAUCAUCUACGCGAUGAUCGUGCCGACGCUCUACUGCAUCUUCUGGUUUGGCACCUUCGGCGGCGCGGCCAUCGGCAUGCAGAUGAGGGCGGACCACAUGGGCGCGUCAGAUGAGGGUUGGACCUACAUGGGCAAGGACGCGACGCACCCGCUGGACACGAGAAUGAAGAACGCAAAGCCGGAGCACAACAAGGGCUACGUGGUCGACUUCGGCGGCUCCAGCAGCGUGGAGGACCAGUUCUUCGACCUGAUCAGCUCCUACGGCGGCAAGGGCCUCGCCUACGGCCUCACGUGCUGGGCCUGGCUCUGCCUCCUGUUCUACUUCAUCACGUCGUCGGACUCGGGCUCGCUCGUCAUCGACAUGAUCAGCGCCAACGGCGAGCAGGAGCCGCCGCUCCCGCAGCGCAUCUUCUGGGCCUUCACCGAGGGCUCCGCGGCCAUCGCGCUGCUCGCGGGCUCGCAGGGCGAUCCGUCCCGCGCGCUGGGCGGCGUCCAGGCCGUGAGCGUCGUGUGCGGCCUCCCGUUCACGGUCGUCCUCAUGUACAUGUCGCACGCGCUCUACCUAUGUUGCCUCGAGGAGGCCGGCGACCUCGACGAGAACCGCCCGGGCUGGCGCACGGUCUGCCUGGGCUUGCCGAAGGCGGACGAGGUAGGCGAAUGGAUUCAGUCCAUAGUGAUUGCUGCGGUCGCGCCGUUUAUCCCCAUCUGGAAGGUGCUGUCGCAAGUCGAGAGCUCGACGAGCGGCGCGGACCCGAUCAUGUCCAAGGAGAAGAUGGUCGUCCUGUACACGGCCCUCUCGGCGAUCUUCAUCUACUUCGGCUCGAUCCUCCUGAUCUUCUCGCAGUGGGAGGCCAACCUCCGCAUGCUCGCCGCGACGCUCUACCUCGCGUUCGCCACCGUCGUCUCGUACACGCGCUACAUGACGCGCACGGGCCUCGGCAUCCAGUUCGGCGACGCGCUGACCGACGUGUGCCUUUCGGUGCUCUUCUACCCGCUCGUGCUCGCGCAGUGCGAGCGGGAGUGCGCGCUCGGCACGAUCGGCGGCGCGCCCCCCCAGCAGAAGAUCAAGGUCUCCGAGGCGUGAGCGCGCGCGCGAGCGCGUCGGAGACGUCCUCCGCGCCUCUGAGCGGCCGUCGGCCGGCUCAGCGCGCCAACUUCCCCCGCGACGCGCGCGCCCAGCGCUGCGUCCCACCCCCUGCCUAAGUCCCCUUGCCAGA